UACUUGCUCGCGGUGUGAUUGCGCGCGCGCUAAUUAUGUGCUACGACGUUGAGACCAGUGACCGGGACAGUGACUGAUACGGCCUCGAUUUUUGGAUGUACCAGCAGAAUCCCGCCCAAGGACGCGCAAGAUGCUGAAGUGGACGGUUUCGAGAUCGUUGUCAGCGAACAGCUCGACGCCUCACGGCCCGCCUAGCCUGAACAAGGCGCCCCGCAGACCUUUUCGGGACUUGUCGAACACGCCUCCCGCAGCUGGGACCAAGACCAGGAACAUACCUAGCCAGGCCGACGAGAACGUCGCGGCGAGGACCACGCCGGCUCGCAGGAGGAGAUGCAGGAGCCACGGAAGCGAUUUGAGAACCUACUUUCAGGCAACGAAGCCUAAUCUGCGGCCGACGAAACGUCAGUCGAUGUCACGGCAGCCGGAGAAAUCAUCGGUCACGGAGAGCUUCUAUCAGAGCACGCCGCGGGUCGACGCCGACAUUGGCCCGCUGACGCUGUUCCCCGCCGGCAGCAAAUGCCCGACGGCUCUGACCCUGCCAACCGAUCCCGCGCUUUUUAUGAAGAGCAGAGCGAAAAACUUCCAGAGCGACAACGAGCUGCCGCAGAACAUCGUGAACGAGGCCAGGGCGAACCUGCAGUCGCACGUCUCGGACUUCUUCCAGCAGAUCUCGAUGGCCACCAGCCCGGAGGACGUGAUGGAGUCCGACUCCGUUCCCCUGGCGAAGAACAGGCUCUACUCCCCUAGCGGCGAGGCCAAGCCGAAGCUGCCCGGCUCCGUGAAGACCGCUUAUCUGCCGAAACUGGCGAGGAUCACGAAGAUCCACGCGCGAUGCAAGACGCCCUACCACACCAAGAACGCCGCGGCCGUCAGUCCUUUCAAAGCCAAGAGUCACGGCCAAACGCCGCUGGCUGGGAAACUCUCGCACUUGGCCAUCGACCAGGAUCUGCCUAAAUUCGAAAAUAUGGACAACACCGUGACGGAGGUCCUCAACAGGGAGCAGGAGAUGAAUUUCACGGGGAAAACCGUGGCGGAGAUCCUGCUGGGGGACGCGGAGGAGAGGAAGAAGGUGUUGGAAGGAAGCCGCGAGGAGGAGAACCUCACGAAAUCGGACCACACGUACGAGACGAUCGUCGAGCAAGAGGAGAACGCGGAGGACGAGUCGGCCCGCCACAACGACAGCUCGGUCUCCUCGGCUAGUCAGCUCCUGGAGGACCCGUCCCCCAUGUCCUGGGCGUUCUCUUCUCCGCCCGACGAGCUGGACGGCGAGUUCACGUUGAAGAGGCAGCGGGGCAUCCGGAGGAAGCGGCAUCGCAAGGACAACGAGAAGAUGUACGAGGGCAAGCGAGCGAAGAGGCGGCUGUCCAGCCACAGUCCCUCGACCAGCGGCCAGCCACCGCUGUCCCAGGACACCCUGGUGGAAGCUGUGAAUCCCAACGUGAAGAAGCUCGCCCUGGAAACCGACCUGGACUCGACUCUGGACGAGAAAUGCGCGUUCGCGCCGAAAGAGCUGUUCGGCGGCCUCGACGAGCCGCCCAAGGACGAGGAGCUCGGCAGGAAAGCUAGCUCCUGGGAGCUGGACAGCCCGAAGUCGACGGUCACCGACGACUUUCACAGCUCGAAAUCCUUGCUGAACUCGGUGUCGAACACGCCGGAGGCACCGCUGGUCGCGACCGUCAGGAGAUGCUUGAAAUUCAGCCCGGAGAGCGAGCCGCCGCGGCCGAACUGCCACGGCUCGAUCGAGAUCGAGUACUCCGUUGCGGGCGAUCAGAUACACGUCAGAGUGAUACGGUGCAAGGACCUCAGGAGGGCAUACGAGGGCCCGGUCCACGCUUACGUGAAGGCGAGCCUGAAGAACACGAACGGCGAGGGGGUGGUGAAGAGGACAGCGGUGCACAGGGCCACGCCGAAUCCCGUUUUCCACGAGACCUUGAUACUGCCCUGUCCGGCGAGCAACAAUCACUGCGCCAGCAAGCCUACGUCCCUGGACAUCGCGGUGUGGCACAGGGAUCGUCGCGCAAGACGUAGCGAACUGCUGGGCUGCAUGACUCUGCCUCUACCGCUAUCGCAGGACAAGGAAGCGACAUGGCAUCCGCUAGAACCAGGAACCGGACGAAACACGAGCAGUCUGUACGCGGGCAUGCCGCAGGAUUGCGGAGUCUCGCCGCCCCUGUCCAAGGACGGGGAACCAGAUAAUAAUAAUUCGGGAGGCGAGAACUUGACGUAUCUGAGGCACCUCGAAUUGGAACCGAUCGAUCCUUUGACCGGUUUACCGCUGCACCCGGGGUUCACGGCCAGAGGCGGCAGGACACCUUGCACCGUCACGAGGAGACUGAUCAGACAGACGACAGCUAACCAGGUGCCAUGGGGAUUCUCGUUGUCCUGGGGAAGGCCGCCCCGCGUGGAGCGCGUGGACCCCGGCAGCCCGGCGGAGCGGUCCGGCCUGAGGCCAGGUGACCACGUAGUCUUCGUGGACACGACGAACGUGGUGACGCGGCCGCGGGAGGAGAUCCUCGGCUUGAUCCAGGCGGCCACGAAUCAGCUGAUUCUCGAGGUCUACCGGAAGGGAGGACACGUUCACUCGUCGAUGCACCGACCCAGCUCGAUGAACGUCAGCCUGCAGCAGCCGGUCUCCGGUGGACAGCACGCGGUCGCGUUCAACGCCGAGGUCUUCCCGAACCUGGCGCCCGACGCGCCGCCCGAGGAGGAGCUGACCGUCAGAGAGACGCGGUACUGGGGCGUGUUGAAGAGCGGGCACACGCGUUUCAUGGCGCCGCUGGCCGAGAGGCGAGACGUCCUCUCCGCCGCGGACUACCUGAUACUCUUCCAAAACCUGGACGAACUGCUCAAGAUCUCCGAGGAGAUACGCGACGAGGGCGGCGGGGUGGACAGUUACCUGUGCAGGGUCCCGCGAAUCACCGCCGCCUACAGGAGAUACCUGAGCGGCCUGCAACGGGCCUGCUGCCUUCUGGUCGCCCUCAGGAGGAACACGGCGUUCGCGAAACUCGUCUGCGAGCCCGCCGUUCCGCAGAAAAGGCGACCCGACCUGACGGGCGUACUGCUUCUGCCGCUGGAGCACUAUAGAGAGAUGACGAGACUGUUGGGACUGGCCUCGCCGAGGAACUGCCAGCAAGCGCGAGACCUCGCUCAGGGGUACAGGGAGGCGACGGCGAACGCCGGGGUCAUGGAACCGCCCCGCGACACUGGCAGACCUUUGCUCAGCUUGCAGGAAGUCGAGUCCCGACUGGUCUUCGCGAGAUGCAGACCAUUCACCUUGGCGAUGCCCGGAAGACAAUGGCUGUUCGGGGGUGCGCUCGCGAAGGUCGAAGGCCGCGCCCGCCUGCAGCCCUCUUGGGCCCUGCUGCUGACCGACCUCCUGGUGUUCGCUCGCGUCUCCAGGGACCGCGUUCUGUUCGUGACCGAGGAGCCCCUGCGGCUGUCGAACGUCGCCGAGGCCUGCUUCACGGUCCGCAAGAGGCCGACCGAGUUCCGGCUGCAGGUCGCCAUCAACCCGAACGGGAACAACGAGAACGGCCACGUGGAAGUGAGCAACAGCGGUGGCUGCAGCCCCCACAGUCGGCCGCGGAGGCGGGUGCUGGUUCUACGCGCUCCCACCCCGGAGCUGAAAGCCGUCUGGCACAACCUCCUUCAGCGGCAAAUAAUCUAUGUGAAUACAGGAUACGGGGGGACGCCGAGCCAGGACAGUCCGGAAGAGAGUCCGAUCACUGGUAGCAAUUUCGCCACCAUUAGGGAGUCCACGGAAAGCUCGCAGACCAUCAGGGAAACGCCGAAGCCCGACGAGGAGAAGGAGUCCCGUUCCGCGGAGAGUAUCGAGACGAUCAUCAAGAACUCGCGGGAAGACAAUCACCUGGCGCAAUGGGUGCGCAACUCGCACCAGAUCCCGCCGCCGGAUCACGAGGAGGCUCCGAUCGAGGAAUGGACGGCGGAGGAGCUGGCGGCGAGGGCUCCGAAGGAGAGCAUCGGCGAAUCGGACGGAGGUCAGAACACUCCGGCCGAGGAGGUCGUCACGGAGGUCGGGAACUCGGACGUGGAGCAGCAGAGCACCGCGUCGAGCGCGAGUCUCAGCACCGUCAAGUCCAACAGCGUGUCGACGAAGAAGAACGGCAGCCUGGGCUCGUCCAAAGAGAACUCGACGAGCUCCAUCAACAUCUGUCGAAGGUGUCACAGAUCGGGCUGCCCGACGCCGCCUUUGACGAGGGACCCGUUCUCGCCGCUGCCGCCGAAGAUCUCGGUGGUGCCGCCGACGCCUGACCUCUGCACCAAGCACAGGCUGAGGAACGGGUUGUACGACAGUCCCGGUCGGAACAGUCCCAGCUACACUCCAGCCGACGGCAACACGGAGGAUGGGAGCGAGGACGACCUCGACUGCGACGGUGAACCGCCUUACAGAGCGCUGAGAAGGUUCGGCACGAUGAGCAGUCUGGAUCAGGACGACGAGCUCGAGGAGCAGGGGGACGAGGAGAACCGCGAUACCGAGUCUCCGCCGACGGGUCUGAGAGCCUGGACAGCCAGAGCGAGCAGCUACGUGGUCAGUAAAAUGGUUUUGCUCGAGCAGCUGAGCGAAGGUGUCGGUGGAUAUCUUCUUCAGCCGCCGGUGCCACCGGAGAGAACGGAAUACUCGUUGGACCCGAAUGACGAGGAGGGAACGACAUCCGGAGCUACCUCCGGUGAUGAUAUCUGGGGAACGCCGACCUCCGGUGGUCCCGACGACGAGAGCUUCCCCGCGAGUUCGCCGCCGCCGAACGGCGCGGGCAACGCGGCCGGUUCCGGCGAGGACAACUACGGUUUGAACCUGUCCACGGAGGACGACGCCGACCAGGAGUCCGAGAACGAGGACUGCAGCCUGCCCGAGCUGAACAUGGACCAGCUGCUCGGCAGCGGUAGCCUCAGCUCGCUCAGGUGUUUCCUGGGCAGGAGGAGGCUGGAGCCGCUCCCGGAGGAGGAGGACUCGCCCGGCAGCGGGAAGGAUCAAGUGGGAUGGUGGUGACAGAGGUUUCAAACGACGACGUCG